AUGGAGGGCAGCGAUAAACAGAAUAUAACGUUCAAGAUCAUUCAACAGAGUCUCAACAGCAAAUAUCCUGACAAAAUCCAAUCUGACUAUUUUCGUGUAGACGAAAGGACUGGAUACCUAUAUUCAAAUAAAGUCAUAGAUAGGGAACUCAUAUGCUCAGGAGCUAGUCAGUGCACUAUAACCUUAAGCAUGAUGAUGAUUUUAGGAGGUCACGUAAAAACGGGAACAGUGGCGAUUGAGAUCGUGGACAUUAAUGACAACGCUCCUCAAUUUCCUCAUCCGGUUUUUUACUGCAACAUUUCGGAAUCUGCUGAGCCAAACAUUGCAAAACUUGAAAUACCUUCAGCCAAAGAUGCAGACAGUUACCAGUUCAACAUUAGAAACUUCUACCUCGAGCCGAGCAGCACGGUUUUUGAUCUACACAGCGAAGAAGUGAAUGGCGAGUUCAACCUCAAACUAAUCUUAAAGACAGCUUUGGAUCGAGAAGCAACCAAUCAAUACAACUUCACAGUUCAUGCAGUCGACAAAGGAGAAAAGAUGGGCUCCAUGAAGGUGAUUGUUAAUGUCUUGGAUGCAAAUGACAAUGCACCAAUUUUUGAAAAGCAGGAGGAAUAUUUUAAAUUGGUUAAGGAAGAUACAGCAGUUGGAACUGUCCUAGUCAAGGUUAAAGCUCAUGAUCUGGACGAAGGUAAAAAUGGAGAAAUUGUGUACAAAUUUAUUGAUCACGCGCACAAAGAAUUCGAAAAUCUCUUUAAAAUAGAUAAUCGAACGGGGGAAAUAAUUCUGAACGAUACAUUAGAUUUUGAAAGAACACAAACAUACAGGUUGUCUGUGACAGCACGAGACCUAGGUCCCGACGCCUUGCUCACUCACACAACGGUCGUUAUUAAAGUUGAAGACGUCAACGAUAACGCCCCACGUAUUAAGCUUAACUCCAUACACACCAACAACACGGCUUUCUCUGUAUUUGAAAAUAAGGAUGUGGUGCAGUUUGUAGCUCACGUGUCUGUAACAGACGCUGAUAGCGGCGACAAUGCAAAAACAAGUUGUUACUUAAAAGAACCAUUCGACUCGUCUUUAUAUCCGAGACACGAGAGUAAAUUUAAACUGGAUCAACUUUAUGACGCAGAUUUCAAACUCGUCACGUCGCCUGGCGUUCGCUUUGAUCGCGAAGACAUUGACUAUUACACCGUCACAAUAAUCUGUCGCGACCACGGAAUGCCACCUCUGACGUCAUCGAUCGAGCAGCUGGUAGCGGUGAUUGACGAGAACGACAACGAACCAUACUUCACCGACGAUCAACAGCUAUUAUUGGUCUACGAAAACAAACCAAUAGGAACCGAGGUAGGUAGAAUAAAAGCUGGAGACUUGGAUGCCGGCCUGAACAGUCAAAUUAAAUUUUCACUAGAGGGUCAGAAGGAAGUCCUUGAACUUGUUGAAAUCGAUCCAUCUAGUGGCUUUAUGCGCACAAAAAAUCUUAUCGACAGAGAAUUAAUUUCCAAACUGGACUUACUUGUCGUCGUCCGUGACUCGGGCAGUCCUCCAAGAUCUGCCAAUUUGAAAAUAACUAUUCAAGACGUGAAUGACAAUAGGCCUCAAUACGUUUAUCCCCUCUACAACGACACAAUACACAUAUCAAAUUUAUCACCAGCCGGCAGCCUCGUUAUUCAGUUGAAAGCUUUAGAUUUAGAUUAUGAAAAAAAUGCAGAAAUGUCAUUUUUUAUAAUAUCAGGAAACGAUGACUCCAAGUUCCGCAUUGAUCAAACGACAAAUAAUUUAAUUGUUGCUAGAAGUCUUGAAAAUAUUAAACAUGAAGAAAUUGUAUUGACGCUUCAGGUGUUUUUUCUUUUCUCUUUUCUCUUCUCAAUUGAAAUGGUCUGA